AUGAAAGAAAGUACCACAAUCGUGUUUGAAAGUGUCCAGCGCGGCUUCAUUGGCCUCCUCCAACGUGGUGAAGGGUUCUAUCCUCAAGUUAACGAACAGGGUGGUGAACUCUCUCCGGCGUACUGUACGGGUCAACGUAAAGACGCGCUCUCUGUGGUUUUCUUGGAGAAGGUCUUCUCAGGCGUGGGCCUCAUCGACCAGGUCGAGGAGCUCUUGGGGGUAUUCGGGUUCCUGGGAUAUUGUGCUUAG